CUGACUUCCAAGUCGCCUCACUUCCUCUUUGCAUUAUGUGCAUCCCAUCUAGCCGUCUGCGAGAGUCUGGUUUAGGUCGGGAUUGUGGCCUACAACCUCUCAAGAGGAGACGUUCUCGGAACCCAAUCUGAAUUGGAGCUCUAGGUCAUCUGGAUCCUAGUCUUUACCGUCUUCUCAAGGUUGACUCCAACUCCUCCUCCAGUACCUUCAUUGUCGUCCACUUUCUUAUCAUACCAAAUGCAACCAGCUCGCGCUCGUUACCGCCAACCUCCCCCAGCUCCACCCAGGACCACAACCAAGAUCAUUAUGCUGCCAACUCUUUGCGCAGGAAACGGAAGGUAGACCGAGCGUGUGAUGCUUGUCGCCGAAGGAAAACGAAAUGUGAUGGCCCUAAAAUGCCUGACAGCGUCUGUACAAAGUGUGCGCAAAGUCGAAAGCUUUGCACUUACCUCGAAGCCUCCAAACCAAGGGGACCUCCAAAAGCUUACAUUACAUCUCUGGAGGAUAAAAUGGAGAUUAUGGAAGGAGUCCUGAAACGAUUACGACCUGACCAGGACUUCUCUGAGGAACUCGGUCCUCCGAUCCUAAGAGACUCUUGGAGGUUGGAAGACCCCGCGAACGUUGAAUCACACAGUUCGCAUGCAUAUUUACCCAUCAGUUUUCCCUCGACCUCCCACAGUGGCGUACGCGCGUUUAUUGACCCAAACGAUUCGGAAUCAGAAACUGACUCUGUGUCAAACAAUCCGUACUCGUCAGACUCUGACGGACUGGUUGAUAAAUUCACCACGGGUAUGGCAAGACUGACGUUGAGGGGGGCAGAUGCGCCUGCAGAGCAGGAGGAGAAUCAUGUUCGAUUUCACGGGAAAAGCAGUUCGAUGAAUCUAAUUGACGUUACACGCAAGUUCAAGCAGAUGCAUAUUCAACAAACACUGGACAGAGAUGGUGCAACCUCGUUGAAUAGUCAACGACUGUCAAACCCUUCAUCGUUCAACGCCAACUUCACACGACGACCCGAGUACUGGCGCCUCCCAAAGUGGGAGUUUGCAUGGGAAGGACUCCACAUACGGUCACCUGAAUUUCUGACCGACGUUCUGGCGAAAUUUCCACCCCCGGAGCUUACCACCACGUUAUUCGACUUGUACUUCCAUCACAUCAAUAUCCUCUUUCCUCUGAUUCAUAAGCCCACUUUCGAGCGUCAAUGGAAAGGCCGACUUCACGAGCGGAAUAUCUGGUUCGCUUGCCUCACAAUGUCCAUCUUUGCGCUGGGCAGCCGGUGGUGCCAAGAUGUUCGUGUCCUUCCGGAAAGUGAACAAGUCAAGCCCGCAGAGACGAUUGACUGGACCCUGGCUGGUUGGGACUACUUUUCUGUAUGCGUCAGCGUUCAUCGCAUGCGCCGCAGCCUGUUUUUCCCUGCUUCUCUUUUCGAGAUUCAAACGUUCAGUACCAUGUCUUUAUUUCUACGUGGCACUUCUACUCAGACCACUGCAUGGCUUUUCAUAACGAUGGGGAUGCGAAAGGCUCAAGAUGCAGGGGCUCACCGCAAGACUAUCUAUCAUCGAACCCCUACUGUGGACGAUGAGUUAUGGAAACGUGCUUUUUGGAUGUUGGUUGGAUUGGACAGAGUAACUAGCGCAGCGCUGGGGAGACCUUGCAGUAUUGAUGAUGAGAAUUUCGAUUUAGACCCUCCGCUGGACGUUGACGACGAGUAUUGGGAGAAUGAUGAUCCCGCGUUGGCUUUCCAGCAACCUACGGGAAAACCAUCUCGACUAACGUCGUUCAUUUUGUGGCUAUCGUUGACGGACGUAAUAGCGUUUGCAAUACGGACCCUUUAUUGUGUCCGUCCGAACGGUGGCCUAAUGGAACACAUGAAGCCUCCCGCUCCAGAAGAUCUUGUGAAAAGAUUGGACAGGUCGUUAGUAGCGUGGAUGGACAAGAUUCCAGAAUACUUAAGGUGGGGAAGGGAUAUGCAAGACCAUGUUACAUCCAACCAGUCAACGAUGCUCUACAAUACCUAUUACUUCACUCAGAUUCUCGUGCAUCGACCCUUCAUACGACCUUUACGAAUCACUAGUUUGGAUGGAAACGUCGCUUCCCCUUGUUCUGCACUGGCGUUAUGUAGCAGCGCUGCCAAAACUUGUGUGCGUAUAAUUGAGCGUCAGACGCAGUUCGGUUAUUCAAAUGUGAUCGAGUUGGUACACAUUGCUCAAGUCGCUGCAGCCAUCCUUAUCAUUGAGGUUUGGCAUCUGAAGGCGAAGGAGAGAGUGCAUAAAGCUACGAACAAGGAGGAAGACACCAAGCCAAAGUAUGUUCAAUCUAUCCAAGAACUGCUGGAGGAGGUAGAGAUACUUAUGAAGGCGUUGCAAUGGGCAAAGCCGCGGUACGGCCAUGUUCCGUUGAUACUUGCAAAACUACAAGAAGCUUUACCUAACAAUGUCGAAAACGCUACGAUGGAAAUACCGAUGUACACUCUUCAUGAGCUGACGGCGGCUCCGAGCGAAGCGCCCACUGCGAGUGGAUUAGACUUCGACGCGGCGCCCAUCGCAUCUCAUCCUCCCUCUCAUUGGCCUUCGGCGGGAACAACUACGAAUACAAAGCCUUCGCCAACAACAUCGUAUCCACUUCCCUAUAUUCCUCAGACGGCAUUUCCUCAGCCCAAGUCGUAUUCUUCAUUCGCGAGCGGUCUGGACGAUCACCAUACUAACUCUAACGGUGUCGAAGAGUUGGAUACAAGACCAGACCGACUAUCACAUUCAGCGCUCUUUUGGCAACCUACUCCUCAAGCACCCGAUAUCAGCCAGUACUCAAUAUCUGAUAGGAUUCCAUCAAUCUCCUACAAUAAUUCCCCACGAAGACAGUCGUAUGUCGUCCCCCCUCUAGCGGCCUAUUAUGGAGGGGUCGAUGAAUAUGGUCAUCAUAACGGCUCGACCGGGGGGACUAGCAGUAACGCUAUGAUAGACUCUAGAGGUGCUUAUCAUCCAGUGUCCAAUGCUAGGUCAAUCCCCGCCCCUUCUUAUCACCCGUUCGCUAUCAAGGAUCCAGCAUAUAAGCCACACCUUGGAUAUGAACCAUGGAAUUAUCAAUCCAACGGACCUCCAUCGUACUCCUCGCAUGCUGAGUCUCGCGACACGCAGGGUCCCCAUUCACAACCGCGACUUGGCUUUCCUCACACGGCCUACUUUUCUUAUCCAUACGCACCUUGAUUUUAAAAUAUCAUUCCAUCCUUUGCUCGUGCAAUCUGUUAUGUACAUAGUAUCUGUAAAACUUUGACGUUGUUAUGAAUAGUCGGAAGCAUCUGUUGUAACUCUUUUACUCUGGUAUUACACGAAACCAUAGUCAAGGGGCUAGACGAGAUACCUUUCAACUUAGCACUUGAGCUGGCACUGAGUUUCAU